AUGUCUGGAGGUGCGAAAGUCGAAGAUGGAGAGCCGGAAUUCAAGACACCUUUCCUCCCACCGCCAGAAGCAUCAAAAAGAGUCGAGCCGGAUGCCCUGUGCAAAGAGCCGGGAACGCAGCCGAGGGGAAACGGGGAAUCAUCAAAAUCACGCGGUACAGAGGAGACCGAGUCGACACGCGACACGGCACCGAAGAAGUCGGUACGAAAGCUGCUCCCCGCGCAAAAAUGUCCGUACGAGGAGCCGGAAUGGUCCGGGGAACCCGAUUCGAGUUACAGAGUCGUAGUUCUGCGUAACGGUGUCAUCGUCACCGAGGAAAAACUCGAGAAGAAUUACGUCGUAAUCGGCAGGCAUCAAGACUGCGACAUUGUGUUGGAACAUCCCUCGAUAUCCAAGUUCCACGCGGUGUUGCAAUUCCGUCGACCUCCGGCGGACGCACCAGAAGCCGCGGAAAAACUUAAAGGUUUCUACCUAUACGACCUCGGCUCUACGCACGGAACGCAAUUGAACAAAGAGCCGAUCGAUCGGAAAAGCUAUCACAGGUUGAAAGUGGGACACCAGUUCAAAUUCGGUUUCAGCACGAGGACCUUCAUCCUGGAAGGUCCGACACAGGACGAAGAGCCUGAAUCGGAGUUCUCGAUAACCGAAAUAAUCCAGCAGCGAAAAGAGAGGGAUUUAGAAAGAGAACGAAUCCAAAGAGAAGCGCGAGAGACCGCGGAAGAUCGACCAGAGCAAACUGAAGACACCGGGAUCAAUUGGGGCAUGGCUGAAGAUGCCGAGGAAGAUGACGAUAUGAUCUCUGAUGUGAAUCCUUUCGCUCUAAACAAUACGAUGAAUGAGCAACUAUAUCUCGAUGAUCCCAAGAAAACGCUGCGGGGCUGGUUCGAGCGAGAAGGAUACGAGCUCGAGUAUAAAGUCGAAGACAGAGGACUUGGUCAAUUCCAAUGCCGGAUAGAGCUGCCGAUCGAUACGGGUGCUGGUAGAUCUGUCAUUGCGGAGACGAUAGUCAAGGGUAAGAAGAAAGAAGCUGUAGUUCAAUGUGCGUUGGAAGCUUGCCGGAUUCUCGAUCGCUACGGAGAGCUUCGGAAAGCUCAUCACGAGGCCAAGAAGAAGAAGACGAAAGACUGGAAAGAAGAUGACUAUUACGACAGUGACGAAGACGAAUUCCUGGACAGAACAGGCGAUAUCGCCCAAAAAAGGGCGCAACGGAAGGCGCGUCUUGAGAAAACUGAAGUUGUGGAAACCUACGCUAGUCUCACCGAGAAAAUCGAGAAAAUCGAUCUCCGGAUAGCUGAAAUUCAGAACGAGCUCGAGAAGUCGAAAGAAGCAGAGGCCCAAAGCAAGGAAAUGGAAGGAGACUGUCUCGAUUCCUUCAUGAAGCAGUUGAAAGCAGGAACCGGCCUCGACAAAGUCAAGAGAUCUCAGCUCAGAACUGAGCAGACUAAGCUUAUUGUGGAACGGCAACAUCUCGUGAAAUUAGCCAACAUCGCCAAGCCAGCCGGCUUACCACCGCUGAGAACAGCUCCGUCCUUGGGAAAAGCAUCCACGUCAUGCUUGCGCGCCGCGAUUCCCAUGACAGGGUCCAUAAGAGGACCAAAACGACCCGUGAUGCCUCUCGUGGGGCUUCCCGCGAAAAUUUCGCGGUUGAAGGACGGAAUAACGAGCUCGGAAUCUAGUGAAUCGAAAGAAGACUGAUUCAUGGAUUUUAUCGGACGACGUAGAGUCCGUGCGUCCAAUAAUUUAAGAUGCGUGAUCCAUCAAAGACUCGAUCGGAGGCAUGUUCAUACGGAACGGCUGGUGGCAGCUCACG